AGUACUCGAGAUUUUCUCUUGUUGCCAUCCUCGUCUAGUUCUUUUUUAAGUUAAAUGUUAAAGUUAUAGAAAUAUCUGGGUUCCAAGCAAAGAGCUUUGAGUAAAAAAAAACAAGUCCAGCAGUCAUUUAGAAAAUGAGCUCUCAUCAUCGUUUGAACCCAUCAUCUUCUGGUGACGUGGAGCACACUAACUUCCUGUCAGAGGAUAUUGGUGCAUUAUACUUGGCAGAUGAUUACUCAGAUGUGACACUAAUAGUUAAUAAUCAGAGAUUUAAUGGUCACAAAGCAAUACUGGCUGCAAGAAGCCAAUAUUUUCGUGCACUCCUUUUUGGAGGAUUACGAGAGUCAACCCAGAAUGAAAUAGAACUGAAAGAACCUACGUUGCCAGCAUUCAAAGCAUUGCUAAAGUACAUUUACACGGGACAUAUGUCAUUAGCCAAUCAACACGAAGAAAUUAUUCUGGAUAUUUUGGGUUUGGCCCAUCAAUACGGCUUUAUUGAACUUGAAGCUUCUAUUUCCGACUUCUUGAAAGAAAUUCUAAAUGUUAAAAAUGUUUGUAUCAUAUUUGAUGCUGCACGACUGUAUCAUCUCGAAUUUUUAAUGAAGGUAUGCUACGAAUUUAUGGAUAAACAUGCCUUUGAGAUCUUACAGCAUGAAAGUUUUUUGCAAUUAAGUUCAGGUGCCUUAAAUGAUUUGUUGGCUCGAGAUUCUUUUUAUGCAUUAGAAAUCGAUAUAUUUAUGGCGGUUCAAUCGUGGGUCAAAGCAAAUCCUGGAAUUGAAGCUGACAAAGUCUUGCAGCAAGUUAGAUUAAGCUUGAUAUCGGUUCAAGACUUGUUGAAUGUUGUAAGACCGACUAGCUUGGUAUCUCCCGAAGAUAUUUUAGAUGCUAUUGCAGCAAGUACGCAAACAAGAAAUUUAAAUUUAAAUCAUCGUGGUCUCUUACUCUUGGAUGAAAAUGUGGCACAUGUCCGAUGUGGUGCUCAAGUUUUACAAGGAGAAAUGCGUAAUUAUCUUCUCGAUGGAGAUACUGAAAAUUAUGAUAUGGAAAGAGGAUACACAAGGCACACAAUGACUGAUUCUCCAGACAGUUGCAUACUCAUCAAACUCAAUACUCAGUACAUAUUGAAUCACAUGAAAAUGUUGCUGUGGGAUCGAGAUACGCGUUCAUAUUCCUAUUAUAUUGAGGUAUCCAUGGACGAAAAAGACUGGAUUAGAGUCAUAGAUCACACCCAAUAUUUUUGCAGAAGCUGGCAAUAUCUGUACUUUGAACCCCGAAUCGUUUUGUACAUACGUAUUGUUGGAACAAAUAAUACUGUGAAUAAAGUUUUUCAUGUAGUAAGUUUUGAAGCCUGCUACACAAAUCACAAUGAAAAACUGCUGAAUGGCUUAAUUGUACCUACUCACAAUGUAGCGACUAUGGAACGGAGUGCUUGUGUAAUGGAGGGAGUUAGCAGAUCUCGCAACACUUUACUUAAUGGAGAUACUAAAAAUUACGACUGGGAUCGUGGUUACAUGUGCCAUCAACUUAAUUAUGGGUGUAUUCAAAUACAACUCGGGCAACCUUACAUGAUCGACUCUAUGAGGUUGCUCCUAUGGGACUGCGAUGAUCGAUCUUACUGUUAUUACAUACAAGUUUCUGGUAAUAUGAAAAAUUGGGAUCUCGUUGUUGAUAAAACGAUGGAACAAUGUCGGUCUUGGCAAACGCUACGCUUCAGUCCACCACGACCCAUUGUAUUUAUAAGAAUUGUUGGGACACACAACACAGCAAAUGAGGUAUUUCAUUGUGUUCAUUUCGAAUGUCCGGCACAAGUUAGCGAAGUUAAGUCACCAAGCUCUCAAAAACCGAAGGAGUUGUCCAAUAGUGAGGAAAGCGAUCAAGCAGCUUCAUCAUCAUCACCACCACCAAUUCCCUUGCCUUCACUUCCCACAGAAACCGCUACUGAGGCAGUCAACAUAGAUCACAAUGACAACUCGGAUGAUAAUGCUGCAGAAGAAUCCCCAUCCUAAUUUUUUAAUCUUGUUAAGUUUUGAAACUAUUUUUACACCUAGAGGGAAAUCACUACGGAGUUUUUGUUUUAUCAAUCGAAAAGCAAAACUUUAAAUUUAUUACAUAACUUGGAUCAGUAUUCUUAUUUUAUCCUUUUUGGUCAUGUGAAGAUAAUUCCUUUAAUUCGAUUUUAUUAUUUAUAUUAUGUAUACAUUUUAAAUUUUCAUAAAGUUUAAAAAGCAAUAUCUGUAAGCGUGACCUUCAAGGAAAUUUUCUUCUGAAAAAAAAUUAUUCAAGUACAAAAGACUGGUACAGCAUACAUGUUGGUUUUUAAAUUAUAUCACAGUCAUUGUUGCAGAAAUUAUUAUUGUUACUUUUAAUUUGUUUGGAUCUUUUUUUUAUUUUUAUUUUUUUUUACCUGUUAUAGUAAUUCAUCAAAAUGAUAGAAUACUUUUACUUAAAAUAAAAAAGAAAAUUACGGAAUUAUUUUUUUGUUGUUGUUCAAAUUAUUUUAUUCCACAUGAAUUGUUAAUAUUGUUUACUCUAUGAAGAACAAAUCACAAUGUAAGAUUUUAUAGGCAAGUGUAAGUGUAGAUACAUGUAAGAUGUACAUUAGACUGGUUCAAAAUUUUUAAGAAGUAAGUUACGCAAAAUGUUGAUUUUAGCUGAAAAUUCAAAUAUAGUUUUUGGUUGUUGUCGGGUAAGUCGUAGAAAUGACGACCUCUUUCGUUUGAAUACUCAAUGAUAAUGGUAACUUUUUCUUUAUAACAAUCAACAAGAAAAAAGUUUGAAAGAACAAAAGUUAUCUCCAUUUUCACUAAGGAAACAAUUAAAUAGUCUUGCAAACUGUUUGUCAUCUAAUCGAUUUAAUUAGUGAUUAUACGCGUGAAAAGUAGCGAAUUUUUUCCGUAAAAUGUUUAGUACUGUGUAUUUUCUUUUCAAUUGAUACAAAGUUAAGUUCUUUUUCCACUCAAAACUUAUUAAUAUAGUCCUUAGCUAUAAAAAAAUCCUUACAUGCACAAUAGUUGGGUACAUUUUAGUGCCGUGUAUGAUAGAAAAAUCGUACGAAAAAAAAUCGAAAUUUUUUUAGUAGUAAAAUGGAGGUCGGGACAACUAAAUCUCAUCUCAUGUCUAUAAAAAAAAUCUUACGUUUUGGUCUAAAAUCAAAAUUUAAAAAAACUUACUUCUCAAAAAUUUCAACGGUAAUUUUUUAAUAUCUUAGUGCACACCGCACACCCAAGGCACUUUAUACACAUCAGGACAUUUUAGAAUACGAUGAGCAAGUCUUCAUAAUGUUAUAGAUCAUGGGUAUUACUAGUUGUAUAUGACAUUAAUCAUAUGUUGAUAGAUAUGUUAAUUGCACAUCUGACUUCGUUGCAAGUAAAAACUCAAAAACCUAUUAAGACUUCGUAAAUAUAGAAAGUCAAAAAUAAUCACAUAAUUUUUAAAUAUCAGUUGAAAUAAAAGUGCUACUUGAUAAUUUCUAUAAAAUAAGUAAAAUUUCAACUAAUUUUUUUCAAAAGCAGAAGUCUUUGCGGAAUAGAAAUGCAACAAUUACUUAGUAACAUCAAGAUUACUUUACAUUUAAAGAUGAUUAACAGAAUUGCCUUUAUUUUACAAUAAAACGAGCAUAAUAGUAGCAUUUGAGUGAGAAAAACGAUAUGGUUUUUAUACUUACUGUUGCCGUUGACCUUAUUUUACUUGAUAUGCAAAUUAUGUAGAAAAUGAUGUGCAUGAUUGACACAAAAUAUUCAUGUAUGCUUGAUUAAAUGAUCACGUACCUUUAAAUGUACUAAAAUAUAAAACAAAUUAAUCCAAGCAAAUAAGCAAGUAUUGAUUACAGUAUAACACAAAGAAAUGUCAUAAAAACUUGAGUUAUAAGGGUUUAGCAAUUCAUGGUAUUAAAUUUUAUUUGACUAUUAAGUAUUAGAAUUCAGGAUUUAGAAUACGAGCUUUAUAGUCUUUGUUGACUUUAGUUUAGAAUUUAUCUAAUGAUAUUGUGAAAGAAUGCUGCAAUUAAUGAAUUCUUAGCAUGAAAUAACUGAAGAUGAAUUGUUAAACACAGAUGUACAGUGAAAAUUGUAGUAAUCGUUUUUGAAGUACAAACGUCUGUUUCAAAAAACGAUGCCAAAUAGUUACGUAUUACAUUAAUUUUAAAACUACUUAUUUUAUUUUUAAUUCAUGAGUUUCGAAUAUCAUUUUUUAUCUUUCAUUAAGCUGAUAAAUUUGUGUAAAUAUACAACUAAAACUAAAGGUUUUCAUAGAGCACGAUUUAUUGUACCAUUAAAAUUCGUGAAACAUAAUUUUUAAAUAUUUGAAAUGAAAUUAAUCCUGUAAAACUGGAUGGCCUUGUUUCAAACACUUAACUAAUAUAUUGUAGCGUGUGAACGUAAGCUUGUGCUCGAAAAAUCGCAAAUAUAAAAUAUGGUACUAUGUAAUAGUUGGGAUCACGCAUAUAUUUUAAUUUUGGCGAUUGUAAUCGAACAAAAUACAAAAUUAUGAAGUGAAAUAAUUGUAUCAUAAUUAUAUUGUAUUGAUUUUGGGUAUCUUGACAUAUUUGUCUUACUAUGUAAUUUUUGUUUAUCUAGUCUUAAUUUACAACAUACUAUAUUUUUUCUAAAUUUGUGGGAAGUAAAACUGCUUGAAGUUUGUAUACUUUGUAAGAAACAGAUCAAAAUAAAAAAUUUUAUGUAGGACAUUAAAAAA